AAUGGGGUAUGAAAUCUGAGAACUGAGUGAGAAAUUUGGAGACCAUGAAUUCAAUUUUACCCGAAUUAUGGGAGAGAUCAGUCUUAUCAUUUUUGCCACAAAAAACUCUCCCUUAAUGAAUAAUUCUGAUCAGGAGCGCUCAAUUCUAAAACCUCCCUAAAACCCAACUUAGAAUCGCGAACAUCCUAAAACCCCAAUGGCUUCAGAUCCAGCUGAACCUUCGAGCCCCUACGCUCCCAAUCGAACCCUAACCGGCCACAAGCGUCCCAGCUCCAUCAAAGACGACGACAAUGGUACAGGCGUCUCCCCGGCGAACAAAAGCAUGCGCACCGGUUCCGUCGCUGCGGCCGACCCCAAAACCAAAAUGUCAUCAGACCCGGUCGAGCCCAUUCCCCGCUACACCCUCAAACAAACCCUAACCGGCCACGAACGUGCCAUCUCCUCCGUCAAGUUCUCCGACGACGGCAGGCUCCUCGGUAGCUGCUCCGCGGACAAGACCGUCCGCACCUGGUCCACCACGGGCUUCACCGCUUUCCAAGAUUUUCGAGGCCACGAACAGGGCAUUUCCGACUUCGCCUUUGCCGCCGAUUCCCGCUUCCUCUGCUCCGGCUCUGACGACAAGACCGUCCGCAUCUGGGACGUUACCACUGGCUCCUGCGUCAAGACCCUGCACGGCCACACUAACUACGUGUUCUGCGUCAAUUAUAACCCCCAGUCCAACAUGAUUGUGUCCGGUUCCUUCGACGAGACCGUUAGGGUUUGGGAUGUGAAGACCGGCAAAUGCCUCAAAGUGCUUCCAGCGCACUCCGACCCCGUCACUGCCGUCAAUUUUAAUCGCGAAGGUUCGUUGAUUGUGUCGAGUAGUUACGACGGGUUGUGUAGGAUUUGGGACGCGUCGACGGGGCAUUGUAUGAAGACUUUGAUUGACGACGAUAAUCCGCCGGUUUCAUUCGUGAAGUUCUCGCCAAACGGCAAGUUCAUUCUUGUUGGGACUUUGGAUAAUACUUUGAGACUCUGGAACUUUUCCACGGGAAAAUUCCUGAAGACAUACACUGGCCAUGUGAAUUCAAAGUACUGCAUUUCAUCCUCAUUUUCUGUGACAAAUGGGAAGUAUAUUGUUAGUGGUUCUGAGGAUAAUUGUGUAUACUUGUGGGAACUCCAGACCAGAACAGUAGUCCAGAAAUUAGAAGGGCACUCCGACGCAGUUAUCUCAGUGUCGUGUCAUCCCUCUGAGAAUAUGAUUGCUUCUGGGGCACUAGACAAAGAUAAGACGGUGAAAAUUUGGACUCAGGAGAAAGAUUGAAUUGUUUCUUCGGGAAUUCCUGUAACAUGAUUGCUUGCUGUAUCAUUAUCUAGCAGCAAUCAGCUCACUCCAUUUUUGGGACAUGUUUAUUAAGAUAAAUGCGAAGUCUUUUCCCAGUUUCUAAGCAUUUAUCCAGAAA